GUUAAAUUGCCAUCAAAUAAGAUGUCAAGAAAUAAUUCCGAAGCAUCUACUUGUAAAAUGACAGAGCCAUUUAAUUUUGAGAAAAAUGAAAGCAAACUUCCACCACAUGAUUGUUUAAGAAGUCCUGGAGCACAUCCUAACCAUCCUAAUUUCAGGUUGAAAAGCCCAGAGAAUGGAAAUAAAAAGAACAAUUUUUUGCUUUGUGAGAAAACCAAACAGUAUUUCGCUAGUCAGGAAGAUAGUUCAGUAUCUUCAAACCCUAAUGCCACCAAUGGAGAAGUGAUUUUAUACACAGCAGAUGGGAAGACAUUGCCAACAGGAAAUUCAGUAUCACCAGUAAGUGCUGGAAAUAAUUCACCUCCCAAAGCAGUAAAUAAUAAACCUAGCAGUAAUGUGCCUCCUGCAAAUUCAAGAAAAUUGCACAAGUUUGUUGAUAAUUCCUUCUCCAUAAAUAAUCGAGCGCUCUUCAACUCUCUAGGACCUCCCCUUCGGUCAACAACUUGCCAUCGUUGUGGCCUUUUUGGAUCACUGAGGUGUUCGCAGUGUAAGCAAACAUACUAUUGCUCUAUAACAUGUCAGAAAAGAGACUGGUCAGCACACAGCAUUGUGUGCAAACCUGUUCAGCAAAACUUCCACAGACUGAAAGAUAAUAAAUCACCUUUUGAAACGAAGAACGUGGAAGUGAAAAGUGAGAGUGACUAUGCACUUGGAGUUACUAAAGAAAAAAGCAUUUGUGCUGAGAAAAUAAUGUUUUCUGAUUUGAGGAGUCUGCAGCUCAGGAAAACUAUGGAAAUAAAGGGUAGAGUUACUGAAUUCAAACACCCAAGUGACUUUUAUGUGCAGUUAUAUUCUUCAGAAGUUUUAGAAUACAUGGACCAACUUUCUGUGAGCUUAAAAACAUACGCAAAUACAGUACAGGAAGAAAAUUAUGUUCCUGUUAAGGGGGAAGUUUGUGUUGCCAAGUACACUGUUGAUCAGAUGUGGAACAGAGCAAUUAUAAAAGACGUUGAUGUGCUGCAGAAGGAGGCACAAGUCUUGUAUAUUGAUUAUGGAAAUGAAGAAAUGAUUCCAAUAAACAGAAUUCACCAACUAAACAAAAACAUUGACUCGUUUCCUCCUUGUGCCAUAAAGUGCUUUGUGGCCAAUGUUAUCCCAGCAGAGGGGAAUUGGAGCAAGGAUUGUAUCAGAACUAUUAAAUCACUGUUAAUGGAGCAGUACUGUUCUAUAAAGAUUGUUGACAUCUUAAAAGAGGAAGUAGUUACCUUUGCAGUAGACGUUAUGCUGCCAAAUUCAGGGAAACUCUUAGACCAUAUACUUAUAGAAAUGGGAUAUGGCUUAAGACCCAAGGAGCAAAAUUCUAAGAAGCAAAGUACAGAUCAAAAUGUUGAUCCUGAAGAUGCUGGAAAAUUGAUAGCUGAAGAGAAAAUUGUUGUAGACAGAAGUGACCUAAUCCCCAGAGUGUUAGCUUUGAAUGUAGGUGACGAGUUCUGUGGUGUGGUUGCCCAUAUUCAGACUCCAGAAGACUUCUUUUGUCAGCAACUACAAAGUGGCCAUAAACUUGCUGACCUCCAGGCAUCCCUUCGUGAGUACUGUGGUCGAGUGUCUCCACGCUCUGACUUUUAUCCAACCAUUGGCGAUAUCUGUUGUGCUCAGUUCUCAGGAGUAAAGCCAUCAUUAGGAAUUUGGACUCCAGAAGCUAUGUGUCUGAUGAAAAAAACAGUACAAAACAAAAUGAUCACAGUGAGAGUGGUAGAGAAGUUGGAAAAUAGUUCUCUGGUGGAGCUUAUAGAUAAAUCUGUGAAACCUAACAUCAGUGUUACUGAAGUCCUCUUAGAAGCAGGCUUUGCUGUGGGAGAGAAGGAGACGGUGACAGAUAAAGCCAGUGACAUGAAAGAAACUGGUGUUCCCUUGGGUGUAGAAGCAAAAGUAAAUCCACUGGAGUGGACCUGGGUUGAAGUUGCUGUUGACCAAACGGUAGAUGUUGUGGUCUGUAUGAUAUAUAGUCCUGGAGAAUUUUUUUGCCAUGUGCUUAAAGAGGAUGCUUUAAAGAAACUCAAUGAUUUAAACAAAUCAUUAGCAGAAUAUUGCCAGCAGAAGUUGCCUAAUGGUUUUAAGGCAGAAAUAGGGCAACCCUGUUGUGCUUUUUUUGCAGAUAUACAGCCUGGAAUCAAUCAUUGGACUAAAGAAGCCAUAGCAAGAUUUAAGAUGUGUGUUGCAGGGAUAAAACUCCAAGCCAGAGUGGUUGACAUCACUGAAAAUGGGGUGGGAAUUGAACUGACUGAUCUUUCAACUUCGUAUCCCAAAAUAAUCAGUGAUGUUCUUAUUGAUGAACAACUGAUUUUAAAAGCCAGUUCACCACAUAAAGACUUGCAAAAUAACAGACCUGUUAAUAAACGUGAUCUUCAAAUUGACACCCAGGGGCUCCAGGCCAUCUCUUCAGCUGAGCAAUGGAAGACAAUAGAAUUACCAGUUAAUAAAACUGUACAAGCAAGCAUAUUAGAAAUCAUAAACCCAAGUUUGUUCUAUGCUUUACCAAAUGAGAUGUCAGAAGACCAGGAAAAACUGUAUAUAUUGACAGCUGAAUUGUUAGAAUAUUGCAAUGUCCAGAAAAGUCAGUUAUCCUAUAGACCAAGAAUUGGAGAUGCAUGCUGUGCCAAAUACACAAGUGAUGAUUUCUGGUACCGUGCCAUUGUUCUGGAGGCAUCAGAUGCUGAGGUGAAAGUGCUUUAUGCGGACUAUGGAAACAUUGAAACUCUACCUCUUUCCAGAGUGCAGCCGAUCUCCGCCAGCCACCUGGAGCUUCCUUUCCAAAUUAUUAAAUGUUCGCUUGAAGGACUAAUGGAAUUGAAUGGGAGCGCUUCUCAGUUAAUAAUAGAGCUAUUAAAAAAUUUCAUGUUGAAUCAGAAUGUAAUGCUUUCUAUAAAAGGAAUUAUUAAGAAUGUCCACAUGGUGUCGGUUGAGAAGUGUUCUGAGAAUGGCACUGUUACUGUAGCUGAUAAGCUGAUGGUGUAUGGUCUGGCAAAAAACAUCACAUCUGAAAAGCACAGUGCUUUAAAUAAAGAAAAAAUGUACAAGAUGAAUUGCUGCUGCACAGAGUUACAGAAACAAAUUGAGAAACAUGAACGGAUUCUUCUUUUCCUCUUAAACAAUCCAACCAAUCAAAAUAAAUUCAUUGAAAUGAAAAAACUGUUAAAAAGUUAA